AUGCCAUAUGACGAUGAAGAUAAGAUGGGUAACAAGGACUACGAACUCUUGCCAUUGCUGUCACAGGAGAUGGAAGUAUUAUACUUGCAUUCGAAAAAAAAAAAAGAAUAUGAGUACAUCAAACGAUUGAAUUUGCUGCUUGAAAUCCUCCAAUGGUGCAUUACGACUCUACCAGCUCUAUAUCAAGAGACAGCCUUUGGCUUGACUGGGCUCUCUACCAUUGACAUCCUCUCGAAGAUGAAAAUUCCAAGACCGUCCAUGGUUGACCUCGUCUUCUUCGAUACUCUUCACAACUUUCCCGAAACGCUCGAUCUGAUCGAUCGAAUCCGCGAGCGAUAUCCUUUAGUAAAUUUACACGUCUACAAACCAGCCGGUGUCAAUACAGCCGAGGAGUUCGCGCGGAGGCAUGGCGAAAAGCUUUGGGAGGUCAAUGAUGAGUUGUACGAUUGGGCCGCAAAGGUCGAACCUGCAGAACGAGCAUACAGAGAACUGGGCGUUCACGCAGUCCUCACUGGUCGACGACGGAGUCAAGGAGGCAAACGCGGUGAUAUUCCCAUCAUAGAAAUCGACGAAGCUGGUCUGAUCAAAAUCAAUCCGUUCGCCAACUGGACAUACAAGCAAGUUCGGGACUACAUCAAGGAAAAUAACGUACCGUACAAUGAGCUGCUCGAUCGUGGCUACAAGAGCAUUGGUGACUGGCACUCGACGAAGCCGGUGAAGGCAGAUGAAGAUGAGCGCGCAGGUCGAUGGCAAGGUCAAGAGAAGACCGAAUGCGGGAUCCACAAUCCGCGGUCGAAAUUUGCUCAGUACUUGAAAGAGCAAGAGAUGGCAAAACAGCAGGAAGCACUGCGGCAAGCUCUUGAUUCGGAGCUGCAGAUCGCCGCAUAA